AAUAAUGUCUGCAUUGGUUUUUUGUUAAUUUAGUGUAUUUAUGCCUGCAUGCGGACAUUCGGAUUUCUCGGCAUUUUCCUUGCCAACCGCGUCGUUUGAAAAUGGCGUCCCCUAAUCAUAGUUUUACGGUUCACAGAUUUCAUCAAUAUUUCAUAUAGAUAUCAUCUUUUCAUAUGACGACAGAUGUUGCAGUCUUUUUGAUGCUGGAGAAGAAAAAGUUUGACAGUAGACAAAAGAGAUGGGUACACUGUAUGAAUGUUUACGAGAAGCAAAAUUAGAGCGAUACUUCCCUUCAUUCCGAGCACAAGGUAUCACCAAAUCAGAAGCUUUAACACGACUGACAGCUAGUGACUAUCCAGCAUUUGGAAUUACCUCAGCAGAGGAUAAGAGACGUCUUGUUGAGUUGAUUAGUAUUAUCAAAGCAGUGCAUAAUGUUUCAGAUAGGGAGGAUAUAUUAUCUGGACACCACCCUGUGAACAGGUCAAUACAGAAUGUAAGGAACAAGUCACCAAGAAAGAGAAACAGAAGUCCAGCACAAGGACCAGUACAGGUUGGGGGCCGUGCAUUGUCUGCAACAAAUGAUGUACGUGUCCGGGACAGACUACGUGCAAAUGCCAGCAGUCACCAUCUUUCAGGUGCUGGAGCUGCGAUACUUGACCUAAUUGAUGAUGAAGAAUCAUCGGAAGAAUCGGGUGAUGAUUCUGAAGAGCCCGCUGAUUAUGAACCAGCUGUAAAACACAGUGUGACAGCAUCUGUCAAGGAAUUACCUGGAAGAAUACGCAAAACACCUGUAGAGAAAGUUAAAUAUGGUGCUGGAUAUAAUUAUGGGGUGCCUGGUGGAAGUUCAGGAGCUCGACCCAAGUCACGUCCUGGUGGUGGACGUUUACAUGAAGACAAAAUAAAAGUGUGUGUACGUAAACGACCACUGAGUAAGCGAGAAAGUCGCAGUGGUGAAGAGGACAUGAUUCAAGCUGCCAGUACAACAACAUUAGUGGUAUCUGAACCUAAACAGGCAGUAGAUCUCACAGCAUACACUCUACAGCAUGAAUUUAUAUUUGAUGAAGUAUUUGAAGAGAAAUGCACAAAUGAAGAUGUAUAUAUACGAGCAGCUAGACCUCUUAUUAGCUGCAUAUUUGAUGGUGGGAAUGCCACCUGUUUUGCAUAUGGUCAGACAGGAGCUGGGAAGACUCACACUAUGAUUGGUAACAGAGAGAUACCAGGGCUGUAUCUGCUGGCAGCACAUGAUAUAUUCUCUAUCAUAGAGUCUGGACAGUAUGGUGAAGGUAUUAAAGUUUGGGUCAGCUUCUUUGAAAUCUACUGUGGUCAGCUGUUUGAUCUUCUAAAUAAAAGAAACAGGUUACAUGCUAGAGAGGAUGGUUCCAAGCGUGUUUGUAUAACUGGUCUUACUGAAACAGAAGCAGUUGAUGAACAAUCUCUCAUGCAGGUUUUAGAGUAUGGUAAUUCAGUAAGGAGUAAAGGAGCUACAGGAGUCAAUCCAGACUCAUCAAGGUCACAUGCAGUAUUACAGAUGGAAAUAAGGGAUAGAGCAGAUAAAAGACUUGGCAGCAUCAAU